AUGACUAGAGAUUCAAAAAAGAAGCACCAUUGGGGCACUGCCUUUUUAAGGACAAUUGGAGUCAAACGUAAGCACAAGAAGGAUCGUAAUUUUUUAAAUAAUACUACAGGAGAGAAUGUUAGCACAACAGCCAGUGCUGAGCGAUUCAGAAGAGUAGGAGGAAAUCCGGAUAUUCCGUCUUUACUUAAGCCCGAAACUUUCACGGAAUCUCCUGCAAAAGGAUCUCAAAAGGCGGCGGCAUCUUCCUUAGCGCAUAGCCAAGGUGUAUUCAAUAUUCCAAUCGUUAUAGAUCCCAUGGAAACAAACAGGCUUGAAAAGACAAACACGAAUUUGACGGCAGGUUCAUUGAAGGGUCGCUUUCAGGAUGGUAACUCGAAUUCAAAUUCUGUACCAAGUUUAUCCGUCCAGGCAUUAGAAAAGGAAAAACUGCAAAGUGGGAAACGAGAAGGGUCCAGCAAUCAAGCUGAGGAAAAAACUCCAGACGGCCAUGAUGAACAUACCGCCUUUGAAACGUUUCUUUCCUUCGCCCAUAAUGCCGUAAGCCACAUUCCCAAAAUAAACGUACAAGACGCUGACAAUGGAACAAUUUCCAGGAAUGAACCAAAGGACAGGAAAAAAAACUCAUCUAAUAUAUCAGGAGCCCUUUCCGAAAAUAGCACUAACAAUAAAAACACUUCAUCGACAAAAGAAAGCGAUGGCCCAUUUUUGAAAAAUUUAGACAAUAUUCUUGCAGCAUCCAAAUCAUCAACUCCAAGUAACCAACAGCUUAAUACAACGGAAGCAGGAAGUAAAAGUAAACCAUCAUCAUUAUCUAGAUUGGCAUUUGGAAAUUUGAAAGGCCAUAUUCACUCGAACUCACAUUCAAGCUCUAAUGCUAUCUCAGGAGAUGAUACAUCAUUAGAUGACACUAGAAAGAUGACGGAUGAUAUGGCCAGGAAAGUGGUUUUCGAACCCAUCAGGCACUCUCAUGAUAAGCCUACCCCCGGAGUUGGAAACUUAAAAUUAGAGCACUUCGAUGAUUCUCAAGCUACUCUUGAAGGGUUAGAGGCAAUGUCAGCAGAAUCGCUGCCAGAGGCGGAUCACCUUGACAGCAGAGGCCCGGUACAACAAAGUAAUUUGGAAAGAAAAACUGUUCCUUCCAAAUGGUCAGUAGUCAGUUCCUCUACAACAGAUGGAGUCAAGCCUAGAAGAAGAGCCAAAUCAAUGAUUAGCGCAAUGGCAGAUAAACAAAACACCAGUAGCGACGUUUUACAAGAUUGUAAAAAAAGAUUGUCCUUCAACUCCUCUAAUGGCCUAACGAAUAACGACCCGGAGUAUGAAGACCGCGAACCUAGGGAAAUGUCCAAGAAGUUUCUUAACAGGAGGUCAUUUUCCCCCGGAAGCAUUAGCAUGGGAAUGAAAGUACUACCUUCGACGGCACUGAAAUAUUCGCUAAACAAAGUAAAAAACAGCACUGAUAUUGCAUCGACCAUCAUACCGAGACCUAGUAUGUCCAACGGUCGUCCAUCUUCGGGAUUGAGGAGAAGUUCUAGUAAAAGCUUUUCAUCUACCCCCGUAAAUAUCAUUGAGCCAUCGGAGGAAAAUGGUAGACAAUCCAGCAUUAGAAUAAAGGGAGUCGAAUACGCGAGCGAAAAGAAAGAUGCAGAAUUCCAUGCAAUAUUCAAGGACUCUGGUGUCAGCCCCAAUGAAAGGUUGAUUUUAGACCAUAGUUGUGCUUUGUCAAGAGAUAUCCUUUUGCAAGGCAGAAUGUAUAUUUCUGAUCAACAUAUUGGAUUUUAUUCGAACAUCCUUGGUUGGGUAAGUACCGUUUUUAUACCGUUCAAGACAAUCGUUCAAAUAGAGAAAAGGGCCACAGCAGGAAUAUUCCCUAAUGGGAUCGUUAUAGACACUUUACACACAAAAUACACGUUUGCCUCUUUCACUUCAAGAGAUGCUACAUAUGAUUUAAUUACUGAAGUAUGGAAUCAAAUAAUUUUGGGAAAGAGGUUUCGUAGCAACAGUAAUAACACUAAUAGCAGCUCCAAUUCUAUCAGUGAUGAUGAAAAUGACGAUUACGAUGAUGAUUACGAUGAUUAUGGAGAUGAUGAUGACGAUCUUUACGAUAAUAGCAAUAACAUAUCUGAUUCUACCGACAUGACAUCAAGCGUCAGCAUAGGAAAGCCGGAAGAUUUACCCAUGCCUCUACAAACAGACACCCCUUAUGGAACAGGAAUUCCACCACUAGGUCCAAAAAUUCACUCACCCACAGAAACAGUAUACAAACCAGCGCCCAAUGAAAAAUUAGUUAACGAAUCAACAAUACACGCUUCGUUAGGGCGGGUUGUCAAUAUAUUAUUCGGGAAAGAUGUCAGUUAUAUUAUGGCCAUUUUAAAAGCGCAAAAGAAUAGUGAUAUUUCGCCAAUCCCUGUUCUCGUUGAUUCACCCACGGUUUCUGAAGGUAAAAAGAGAGAUUAUUCCUACGUAAAAACAACACCAGGUGCCAUUGGACCCGGUAAAACUAAAUGCAUGAUAACUGAAACCAUUCAACACUUUAACUUAGAGGAGUAUGUUCAAGUCUUGCAAACAACAAAAACUCCGGAUGUUCCUUCUGGAAAUUCAUUUUAUGUGAGAACAGUUUAUCUUUUAUCAUGGGCAAACAACAAUGAAACAAAACUAAAACUGUAUGUCUCUGUUGAAUGGACAGGUAAAAGCUUGAUCAAAAGUCCUAUUGAAAAGGGUACAUUUGAUGGUGUAACGGAUGCAACAAAGAUAUUGGUGGAGGAGCUUGGUAAUAUUUUAACAAGAUCUGCUACCAAAAGGAAAAGGUCUUCGAAGGAGAACACUGUUACAGUAUCAACUUUACCGAAAAUGGAACCUAGCUCACAUGCACCUACCGAGCCUGAUAUUCAAAAGGAUAAGGAUGACUCUAUUAUAAGGGAAAAUGAGAAUAUACCAGCUCCAUUAGGGACCGUGGUCCAAUUGCUAUUUGGAUCGAAUACAGAGUAUAUGCAGAAAGUUAUCACUAGAGAUAAGAAUAAUGUCAAUGUGGAAACGAUACCAAAAUUCACGCCUUCGUUGGUUGAAGGAGGUUCAAGACACUAUGAGUACACGAAGAAAUUGAACAAUUCUAUCGGACCUAAGCAAACAAAAUGUUUACUAACCGAGUCUAUUGAACACAUGGAUAUCAAUAACUAUGUUUUGGUGACACAAACAACUAAAACUCCAGACGUCCCCUCUGGUAGCAAUUUUGCAGUAGAAAGUAAAAUCUUUCUAUUCUGGGGGCAGCAUGACACCACGAAUAUGACCGUUAUAACAAAAAUCAACUGGACAAGUAAAUCAUUUUUGAAAGGUGCAAUUGAGAAAGGAUCUGUUGAGGGUCAGAAGGUUUCUGUCGAUUACAUGCUAUCCGAGUUAAGAGACAUUAUUAGCAGGGCAAAAAGCAAAAAACCGGUGAAGAAAGUAAUGAAGAGUCAUGAUAAACAUAGGCCUUUCCAUAGUAAGGUUGAACAGAAAAGUUCCGAAAGCCGUAAGAGCGAUGAUAAUAAAGACAUUUUAACUCAUAUUUUGGAUUUCGUUCAGAAUAAUUUUAGUUCAGAAAUUUUUAUGAACAAAUUGCUGAGUCCUCAAAAACUAUUCUUGAUCUUGGGGUUGACCAUUAUGCUUUUCUGGUCUCCUCGGCUUCACGUGUUUCAAGAAAAAAAUAAUCUUCAAAUCAUCAAGCCAGGAAGGCUGCUGAUUGAUGGUCAAGAAUAUAAUUACGUGCCCAGUUUCGGCACACUGUAUAACUCAUAUGAAAACGCCAUAUCAUCUAAGAAGAAGAGAGAAAAUGUAAAUUACGCAAGGGAUAAGAGUCCUAUUGUAGGAAGGGAAAGCGAUAUUUGGGAUUGGAUCAGUAACAGAGGGAGUGCAAUAUCACCUCGAGGUCGUGCUAUGUUGAGAAACGAUGACGAACACAAAUUGCAGCAAUUAUCAGAAAGUAUCAAAAUAACAGAAAUGCAACUAAAUCAUAUGAAAACUAUGUUGGACAACAUUGAGAGGGACGCAAAUGAUCUAUCUUAA